AAUAGGUAUUAUAUGGAGCGUGUGCGAGUGCUUUAUUUCUACCAUUUAAUUCUUUAAAAAUAAAAGAGAUCAAUAAACAAAGAAAAAUAUUGACACUAUUGUAAUGAUUUCUAAAUAACGGAUUUUAUCUAAAUAAAUAGUUAACGGAGAAAGAAAUAUGACUGUGGAAGUUGCAGCACCAAUAACUAGGCCAAAGACGGGCCAGGCCUUCCUCGAAUCAACAAGUUUCAAAAUAGGACAAGAUGAAUUGCUUACAAAUAACCGAAUGAACAGUAUUUUCAAAUCAGACUUUCCUCCAUAUGGAGCGUACGGACGGACACAAGGUGCCAAGCCUCCGCCUCUUUCGGAGGUUAUGCAUAGAGAUCAAAGCUUUUUCAAUGAAAGGGAAUCGGAGACCACGAAAUCCUUUGAGUAUAGACACUUAGCCAAACCGGAAAUUCAGGGCGCGAGCGGAAAAUUGAGAGUUACGAAUUUCAAAAUGGAUAGAGACCUUAACAAAUUCAAUGUUUUCGAAACGGUUCAUAACUCUUAUUUCACACCUAAAAUGGCGGAUACUUACAAUAGAGUGAAAGCACCUACAAUUAGAGAGAGUUACAUACCACAGGGUGAUAAGGAAAAGGAGUUAAUGCCCCUGACUGACUACAGAGAUCGCUAUAAGGGCCAUGAUACGCGUGAACAUAAAACUAUACGAGCAAAGUCAAUGCACGAAGGUGGACCACCUACUAUCAAGGGUGAUGGUCGGACUAGUAAUUUUAAUACGACACACAAUGAUACGUUUAUGGGAGAAUAUGAAAAACCAGUUCAAACACUUCCAGUCCCUCCAAGUUACAAUGUACCUGUAGGAGAUCCUAAUAAAGUUGUCGAACGUGAAACAACCAUGAAUGCAUCGUUUCAAGAUGUCUCCAACCAGAAUCAGCGUCAACAGUACAGCGUAGAAGAAGUCAGCCGGGUACUAAACCAGACCAACUUCAAGCAACAAGACGGUCAUUACAAAUGGAACGAUUACAGGAGCACGGCUUUAGCCUCCUAUAUGCCCGCAUCUGUACCAGUUGAAAGAUACCGGCCUAACAAACAUAGAAAUCACAGUGAUUUCCCCGAGGGUGACAUGGACCCCAGUCGAACCAAUGAUCGCGUCAGCCUGACAACAAACAGAUUUUACCACGGCAAUCCUCCGAGAGGUCUUCACAACAGUAUUGUUUCUGGAGCAAACUUGCGAACCAAAAGUAACGUCUGGUUCGGUGAACCGCCGCUAGGUGGCUCUUUUUACAACACAACCAACGCUGGAACAUUCGCUGCCAAGUCUGUACCAUACUCUUAUAACAGAAACAGUUUCCACAAAGACAGUGAUAUACCGUUGGAUUAUUACAAAAAUGAAAGAAACCACACUACGUCGUACACAGAUUAUCAGAACCCCAGACAGGCUAGAACAGCUCCAAAUCCCGUAGCUAUCAACAAUAUAAGCCGAUCACAUAUUAUGCCACCUUUGAGAAACUCCGGAUUCUUUACUACCACUCAUAACGACACAUUUACGCCUAAAAGGGCAGAUAAAUAUUCAUAUGACGCUGGUCGUUUACAGAAGAGUUCUGUCCCUUUGGGAACAAUGACAAAAAUUGAUGUAUAAUGUAAAUUUUCUACUCUAGAUAUUUUGUAUAACAUUCAUGUCAAUAAAACUGAUUUGCCUGAAUUGUAUUUUUCCCUAGGAAUAUUAAAUAUGUUGUGCUUUGAAAAGAAAAAGAAUUUUAACGAAUAAAUUCCUUUUUGGUAAAUAAGAAAUUUCAAGGUAGGGCUAUACAGGCUCUUAUUUGGGAGAACACCUUUUUCUUGAUGAGAUUAAAAAAAAAGAAGAGAAAACUUUCCAUCAAUAAAAGUCAAAUCUCCAUAAAUCAUGGAAAUACAUGAUCAUCAUGUAUAAAAGAUGAACGUGGAGUUGAUUUGGCCAAUAUAAACUGAUACUCAUUGUUGGUGUACUUACUGCUUGUUUCGUAAUUCAUAGGACGUGCAUGAGUAUCAAAUUAACAGAAAAUAUUCUAUAUUUUUAUGUGUGCUGUGGCGUGCAAUAUGUAUUCUUGCUCCAGGCGAACUACUUUAUUAUACUCUGUAACAACUUCAUACAUUCGAAGGAAAUGUCAAAGAAUCAGAAAUAGUACGAACAAUGCUACCAUUCUCAGUUGUCGAUAAAUCAUGCAAGUCAGUCCCAAAUAGUCCGACGUACUGUAGUGCUGCGAAUAAGGGGUAAAUUGUGGCGGCGUUUACAUAUCGUCUGUCCCCGCACAUUCGGGCCAAUGCGGUUGUGUUGAUUCACUGAGGAUAUAGUGGUGUCCAAAUCCCAGUGAGCAGACAGUUAAAAGAGAGUUUUCCAUGAUUCAUAAUUUGAAGUCCAUUUUUAAGGGCACAAAGGCCUUACACUGAUUGUUAAAGUGGGAAAAUUAGAGACAGAGACGAUUUUGGAACUACGGAUCAAUUGGCGCCCCGCGACGGUUUCAUCUACUUUGCCACUUAUCCGUUACAAAAACUUGAAAGUCAUACCACAUUUUCCAGAUAUACAGUCAAAAAUAUUUGAAAUAUCAUUUUAAUUCCAAUCUUGACCAGAUUACUACUGAUCGACCACAGGGGUCUUUCAAAUGGCUGUGUAACAUGUAAAUGUAUUCGAAUAAUCAUGUCUGAAAUGUAUGUGUAGUUUGAACAGUCACAGUAAUAACUGCCACAACUUAACAGAGAUGGUGUUAUAUGUUCUAGAGUGAUAUUCAGUGACUUAUACUCGUGUCUACAAGUACACAAUUUAGUUAAUCAAGCAUCGGUCGUUUACAUCAAGUUUUUUUUCCUGAAAACAUUUGGCAUUCAUGCUGGAAAUAUUCUUUGUGGUUGCUAAUCAAACCUGCAAAAUGAAGUAUGUGACAACGUAUGAUGUAUUUAGUCGUCUACUUAUUGAUCAGUAUUAUCUUGUUUUUUAUAUAUACAUGUAUAUUUUACAGUCCUGUUUAUUAAUUGUUAAUUGUUUUACACGUUUUACAAAGAAAUUUAUUAUUCUGAUUGUAUAUUUUAUAAUGUUUUACUGUAGUCUAGAUGAUGAAAUUGAACCAUUUUAAUUGCUUAUAGACCAUGUACAAAUAAAUAUUUUCAAUAAAUAAUUUAAACAUUU